AUGGAGCGGCCGGCGCCUUUGGCCGUGCUGCCCUUCUCCGAUCCCGCGCACGCCCUGAGCCUGCUGCGCGGCCUGAGCCAGCUGCGCGCCGAGCGCAAGUUCCUGGACGUGACCCUGGAGGCGGCGGGCGGCCGCGACUUCCCCGCGCACCGCGCCGUGUUGGCGGCCGCCAGUCCCUACUUCCGCGCCAUGUUCGCGGGCCAGCUGCGCGAGAGCCGCGCCGAGCGCGUGCGCCUGCACGGGGUGCCGCCCGACAUGCUGCAGCUGCUCCUGGACUUCAGCUACACCGGCAGAGUGGCGGUGAGCGGUGACAACGCCGAGCCGCUGCUGCGCGCCGCCGACCUGCUGCAGUUCCCCGCCGUGAAGGAGGCGUGCGGCGCCUUCCUGCAGCAGCAGCUCGACCUGGCCAACUGCCUGGACAUGCAGGACUUCGCCGAGGCCUUCAGCUGCUCCGGGCUGGCGAGCGCUGCGCAGCGCUUCAUUCUGCGCCACGUGGGCGAACUGGGCGCCGAGCAGCUGGAGAGGCUGCCGCUGGCGCGCCUGCUGCGCUACCUGCGCGACGACGGGCUGUGCGUGCCCAAGGAGGAGGCGGCCUACCAGCUGGCGCUGCGCUGGGUCCGCGCGGACCCGCCGCGCCGCGCGGCGCACUGGCCGCAGUUGCUGGAAGCUGUGCGCCUGCCCUUCGUGCGCCGCUUCUACCUGCUGGCACACGUGGAGGCAGAGCCCCUGGUGGCGCGCUGCCCGCCUUGCCUGCGCCUGCUGCGCGAGGCCCGCGAUUUCCAGGCGGCUCGCUACGACCGGCAUGACCGCGGGCCCUGCCCCCGCAUGCGUCCGCGUCCCUCCACCGGCUUGGCCGAGAUCCUGGUACUGGUGGGAGGUUGCGACCAGGACUGCGACGAGCUAGUCACGGUUGACUGCUACAAUCCGCAGACCGGGCAGUGGCGCUACCUGGCCGAGUUCCCCGAUCACUUAGGCGGGGGCUAUAGUAUCGUGGCACUGGGCAACGACAUCUACGUGACGGGUGGGUCCGACGGCUCCCGGCUCUAUGACUGCGUGUGGAGAUACAACUCGAGUGUGAACGAGUGGACGGAGGUGGCUCCCAUGCUCAAAGCCCGGGAGUACCAUAGCUCCUCUGUGCUAAAUGGGCUUCUGUACGUGGUGGCAGCUGACAGCACCGAACGCUAUGACCACGCCACUGACUCCUGGGAGGCCCUGCAGCCCAUGACCUACCCCAUGGACAACUGCUCUACCACUGCCUGCCGGGGCCGACUCUAUGCCAUCGGCUCCCUGGCGGGCAAGGAGACCAUGGUGAUACAGUGCUAUGACCCAGACACCGAUCUGUGGUCGAUGGUGAACUGUGGCCAGCUCCCACCCUGGUCCUUUGCACCCAAGACUGUGACUUUGAAUGGACUCAUGUACUUCGUCAGGGAUGACUCUGCUGAGGUGGAUGUCUAUAACCCCACCAAGGACGAGUGGGACAAGAUCCCAUCUAUGAACCAGGUACACGUUGGGGGCAGCUUGGCCGCCCUGGGAGGCAAGCUCUAUGUCUCUGGGGGGUAUGACAACACCUUUGAACUCUCGGAUGUGGUGGAGGCAUAUGACCCAGAGACCCGGGCGUGGAGUGUGGUGGGGCGGCUUCCAGAGCCCACCUUCUGGCAUGGCAGUGUGAGUAUCUUCCGUCAGUUCAUGCCGCAGACACCGGCAGGGGGCCGUGGCUUCGAGCUGAACAGUGGCAGCAGUGACGUGGAUGCAGGCCACCACAGGCUGCCACAGAACCCCGAAGAGCUACAAUAGCCCAGGCCUGGCCCAGAGGAGGGCCUUGGUGCAAGGGGCCUGGCACCUGUGGGGGAGUGGCUCAGGAAUGCUCAGUGAGCCCCUCGAGGCACCAUGUGAAGGUCUCUGCAUUCGGAGCCUAUGUCACAGCUUCUGGGGACAAAGGCGGUGGUGACCACCAGCAUGUAUCAGCCUUCAGAAGUCACCUCCGGUUUGUAGGAUCCAGCUCACCGCUCAGGGUGCCUCUCCUUGCUGCCCGCCCUUGGGCCUGUGUGCUUGCCAGAGCAGAAAGUCCUGUCAUGGUCUGAAAGGGACCUGGCCUGGAGCGUUUGGGAAUUCAGGAAGACAAAGGCUAAACGCCCCAUCCGGUACCAAGGAUCCUUGUAGCCAGUGCUGCAGGUAGAGGGGGUGUGUUCACACCAUCUUUGGGGUCUCGCCAUACAGGGGUUAAGUACUGAGACUAACCCGGAGGGCUGUCACAGUGUGAGCCCAAGGUCUGUUCCUAUAGCACAUGGUCUCACCUGGCGAGGUGUCCCUCCCGGGAUCCUGCCCUGGAGGACAUGAGCAAAGCUCAUGAAGCUGGCUUGCUGCAGCUCCUCCUUGGGAGCCUCACCGACACUUGGCUAAGCGCGCAGCUACCAGGCCUGGGAGCGGAGACUCCUGCUUCUAAAGAGGCUGCGUGGGGCGUCCCAGCACUUGGCUGUGGGUUCAAAAUGCUUGUGGUUUGACCUCGAAAAGAAGCAAGAGAGUUGGGAGCAGUAAGAGACAAGUUGGCUUUGUCUGGCUUGAAGGUGUACAACCCAUCAUCGGGAGAAUUUUUCUGCCUCGUGUGGAAAACCUAGGAUUUCUAGGGUCGUUAGGCCCAGGGACACAAGUACUACCACGGCUUUAGGGGAUCCCUGGGUUUCUCUGUGACUUUGAGUGGUUUCGUGGGUUUGGGAGCCGAGACCCCUUUGUACACAGUAGGGUUUGUUAUCUUUCUGGGGAAGAGGCCAUUAGGGCUUUCUGUUAUGGACAAAGGCAAAGUUGAGAGUUAGCUUUUCCUAGUGAUCUCAAGGGCCGGUAAGGCUCUUGGAACAGAAGCCUCUACCCCACCACAUGCCUACUGCUCCCUCCUUGGCCGGGUGGCACCUACCUGCUUCCUGUUUGAUGCUGUGCACUGCAGAUGUCAACUCUUGUUGAGUUUGAAAGCCGUGUCCUAGAACGCUCUGCUGGGCACCUGACCCUGGGAGAGACAGUAGGCAUGGGGCAGUGCUGUCCCGACCCAGGCCCACUGGUGAGCCAGGGUUCCUUUGGGGAUGUGCAGCGGUGCCUUGUUUCUUUCUCUGGGGCUGCCGGCCCAUCCUUCCAGUGCCUCUUCUCUGAACCUUAAAGAGCUGCCUCCCAGGGCCACCUGGAGGGGUUGACGCUCUGCCACGGAGUGCCUUUGCUCAGCAGGGCGGGGGCCUGUGUCUGUGUGUGUGGUACUAGUCUCACUGCCGGGGACAGGCUAGGAGGCUUUGCAGAGGAGCUGCACUGCUGCAGUCCCGCAACCUGCAGAUGUUCCUGCAUUACGGUGCACACUUGCACUGGUCCCCUCUGCCUGUCUGUGCUCCAGAGCCACUCAGGCUUCUAUAUCAGGGCCCUAUGACAACUAAAGAUAGUAAAAAACUAGGCAGUUCCUAUGGACCCAACCGGGAGUCCAGGACUGCCCCUCCCUCGGCUUCACGUCCGCCACUGGCUCUGGGCUGUAACCCACCGCUUAACACACAUCUCUACACUAAUAGGGAUUGAAGCUGGGCCACCAGGGUACAGGACUGUCCCUGUCACGUGUAUAAAGCUUUUAUAUGUUAGGACAAAAUUAAGUUAUGAGAAGUUCUGUGCCUGGUGUCGGAUGAUGAUCUGUAAGGGAUUUUUCUUCUAUUUAUGACUUCAGGUCGCCUUCCUCAGGAGGGCGGCUUAGUCACCAGUGACUGGGUAGAUUUGUAUAUUUAUUUUUGUCUGUUCUGUAGCUUCUGUGUCCAGCAUCCUAAGGUUUUAGGAUGCUUCCCUGAUUUUUGAAAUAAAAUGUUUCCUAU